UUCCAUUCAUUCUGCAGACAGCAUUGAGUAGGGAGUGUGGUGCGUGUUGCUAUGAUAAUGGCGGGAUUUCGUAAACAAGAAGUUUCUUUGAAACUUUUCUGAACUUAUUAUCUGAGUUAAAAUAUUUUCUCAUCAACUAAUACGUAACCUGAACUGCAUGUCUUAGCAAAAACAAGGGUUUUAGUGAAAGUUCACCGGUCAGGAUGUCGGUUAAUUCAAAGUGGCGGUUACCUGACGUUUUUUGUGAUAAUGUGUUGAAUGGAUGUGGGAAUUACAUUUAAUUCGCAGUGCGGGAAUGGGUGAAUGAAUAUUUCGGAACUAAUAUCGAGAUGCCUUUCGUGCCACGUGCGGUCGAACCUAAGUAUUUGUCACGGACAAGUUUGCGAGACGAAAAUGGAAAGCCAAAAAUUGCCGAUGAAGAAUUACAAGCUGUAACUAACUGCACUUUGACGAAUGCGCUCAGACAGCUCGCCUCGCUCGUGCUUCUUGCCGAGGAUAUAUUCAGCGAGCUAACAGAGCAGCUGCAAGAGAUAACAAUACGGUCUAAGGCGGCACAGACGAAGAUCGAAAAAAUCAACGAAGUGGUCAUUAACUUUGACCCGAAGAAAGUGCCAGUCCCGGAGGGGAGCCUGUCCGACUUUGCUGUUCGCAAAGUCCAUUACACGGCAAGCAAUCCCCAUAAAAAUGGCCUAUUCGUUCCCGACACGAGGCCGCCAAGUCUACGCAAGCUGUACGAAAAGGCUACCACAGACAGAAUUUCUAUUGCCAUACUGGAUCAAAUGCGGAAAGAUUCGCACCAUUCCCCAUACUUAUUGUGCACGCCGGUCCUUAGCAACAAACGUCGAAAAAUCUACCAGAAAGUAGACGUUGAAAUCGAAACACAUAUUCCGUAUGUAGUCGAACAGCUACGGAAAUGGACCUCAAAAGAGGCAAUAGGAGACGUUACAGCCCUCCCAGAUGCUUCAAUGAGAAUAGCGAGCAGUGUAACAUUAACUCCCGACGAAUUGUCAGAAUGCGGAUCAGGCGACGACGAGCCCAUAGAUCACAAAUUGCCAAGUCCCGAGGAACAACUCAGAGUCAUCGCUAGCAAGUUUCCACCGGAAUUAGUUGCAAUCGACACCUCGGGCAAGUUCUUCGACCGAAUGUGCAGUUCCCGGAAAUCUCUACACAUAGAGAGCGGUAAUGGUGAAACUGACACCGUGAAACGACGGACUAGGCCGAGAAAGCCACGGGGUAAAAGACGAAACACCAUUUCGGGCACUGAUCAGAAAGAGCUUAGAGAGGCUAUAGCUGGCGAUACAACAAAUGCUGUGGCUUCUGAAGAAGUUGAAGAAAACAACACUGUCAUCAGGUCACAGUCUAGCGACUUACUUAAGAAAAGUCCUAUUGACCCGGUAACGAAAAAAGGACACUUCAAUUCACUAAAACAAUGGGGAAAAAAUAGACUGAAAUUGAUUGGUAGAUCUCCAAGCGCCAGUAGAGAUAGUUUUAAAGACACUACUAAAUUUGAUAAAAGUAAAGAUGUAAAGACCCUCGUAAACCAGGACGUUGUUUCUGUAUCGGAAAGUGUGACAAUGCGUAAAAAACGAGACGGCAGUGAAGAAAGAAGGUCGCAUCAGAGAUGUGCCUCAUAUUCGUCCUCCGAAAAAAGCAUUGGAGUACCUGCCGCCGUUCCUAAUACAGCCACAAUCAACAGUGGAGUCAAACUUAGAACUACUUCUGUUCAACGACGUCUGAGACGAUCGGGUAUUGGUAAAGACGAACCACAUUCGUCGAGUGGGAAUUGGUCAGCCAGUUCUGAAUCCGGUCGAACUAGCAUAGGGUCAGAAAUAACAUCGACUACUGUUCCACCCAAAAGUACAACAUCCGCUGCCACAUCCAAUAAUUCACUAAGCGGCCAUCACGGCCCUCCUAGUUCUAUAAUAAGCCGCAGACGUUUUCCUAACACAUCUGGCUCUGGAAGUGUAACCAGUGAGGGUACUUUAACACCCGAUAUUAUUCACGAUCUACAUGAAGAUAUAGAGACAAGUUCUGAAUUUUCAUGUGACACAGAAGGAUACUACACUUCCUUUCACAUGGACUCGGGCUUGAAAACAUUAAAAGAAGAAGACGUCAUACCUAGUACACCUCUACAUACGAGCAAUGCUUUGUCAAAUUCGUCGAAUAGCCAAACGAUGACUGCAGAAAACGAAUAUGAAUUAUUUGGCAAAGGCUCAACAAGUACAACAACCAGCUCAGCCGGUACUGUUUGUACAGCACUCAUGGCGGCUGGUAGUGAUCGAUCUUUAGUAACAAGUCCAACGGUACCGGAACGAAAGAGUUCCCUUACAAAAAUAAACAGAAGUCGAAACAAUACUUCAUUAGAAAGGAACAUAAACUCAUCGUUUUCUAACUCACCAUUCAAUAAUAUGAGAUAUAAUUCCGCAAGAUCAUAUGCGGAAAAAAGAAUCUCUAAUAAUACGUCUCCUGAAGUUAAUGUGCCCACUUCAACUAUAACAAUAACAAAUAAUGUUGGAAGGGAAAUUACGGCAGUUGCGGAAGUCCACACUGAAACAGAAGCGGAGAGUACAAAGAAAAGUACUGGUACGAGUUCGCCAGAUUCUGGACAUAAUACUUCAAGUUCGCCCAUUGAAGAUUCCAUUUCGAGUGCUCAUGGAAAGAACAGUCUUUCUGAACAAGAUUACUCAGAAUCUUCUGAUCUUGAAGGAACUGAAAGAAUUGAAAGAAUUAGGUAUAAAACGACAAUAAACAGCUCCCGGAUUCCAUCUAUGUGUGUCAUUACUCCAACGAACUCUGACGAUGAAAGCGAAACCAGUAAUAAAGAUUGUGAAGUCACAGAGAGUAAAAGCGUUGAGAAAUUAGGUAUUACAGAGAUGCAGAUAAUUGCAAACAGGCCUAAGUUAGAAUUACCGACCGAUGAAAAAUCAAAACUUGCCACAAACGUAGCCAAACCAAAUUUCAAACCAACUAGUCAAAUCAAUUUAAAAACAUUACAACCUCUGAGCAAUUUAAUGUGCAAACUGAAGGGUGUCCUACCACAAAAGUUGUCGAAUAAAAAAUCGCCAGUUACAAAAGAACCAGACUUCAUCGCUGACAUCUAUGAUAGCGGUGAUUACGUAACUAUUGCUGACGUAAAAAAUAAUAAUCAAUCAUUAUCUUAUAAUAAAAGUGUGUAUGGUAAUAAUGAUAUAGUUAAAAAGAAUUUACAAACAGUUCUCUCAGGAAAGCUACCCGACACUGAGUAUGUUUCACUCAACGAAUUACCCAAUUGCUUAAACGAAGGAAAAGAUUAUCUAGAACAUGGCUUUGAAGAUAAACGCUCUCCGGCAUUAGAAGAAAUUCAAAAGAAAGGAGCUAAAGUUACGUUAGAUUCGCAAGGACAAGUCAUUUUUUCUUCAGACACUUUACGGCGACGGAAAGGUGCGCACACAACCUUUGAACCCGGCCCAUUUGUACAAGAGAUAAGUCCUACUACGACUAUUAUACAGCGAGAGACAGCUGACAUUGUGAAAGUCAUUGAUGAAACCGACUUCCCGUGCGAGAAACCUCUCCCAUCAAGUAAACCAACUUCACCGCAAUUAGGAAAAACGAUCAUAAGAGCACCAGCAGAACGAGACGGACCUGUUACUACCGAAUUUAUUACUUUACCAACGCCCAAACCUAAUACUAUCAUAACCGCCUUACCCGUUACCGAAACACCUACCUUAACUACACAUCAACCGCCAAAAACACAUAAAACGGAACAGGAUUUACCGCGAAUAGUAGAAGCAAUCACUAGAACAGGAGCGUAUGUUAAUAUACACGAUGCGGAAGGAGUCAGCUUAUCUCCGACGAAAGACGAUUCAGCAGACUAUCGACAUUCCAGUGCUGACAAAGCCUGUUUGAAUAUUCCGCACAAUCUAGUACAAAGCGAAGGGCCUACUGUCGAUAUGAAUGCGAUCAACCCCACGCUGCACAAAUACAACACAGCGCAUCUCCGCGGCAAACAUGACGUCAUUAAUUACGAUAACUCUUCUAAAAACCAAAAGGAACAUCAACGAUUCUGGACUCUUCCAAAGCGAACAGCUGAGACGAAUCAAUUAAGACCGACCUCCUCUAAUCUCAACCAGGAUCCAGGUCAACUUUCUGCCGGUAAUUCCAUAAAAAUAUCACCAAUAGAUCCCAGAGCGUCUAGAUCUUUCAAAUCAUCAACUCCGUCCAACAAAGAAAACGUUGUUGAUCUCAGUUGCAAAUUGUUAUCGCCCGUCAAAUCAACGAUGACCAAUGAAGAACUUUACGCUGUUAUUCAUAAAAGUAAAAAGAAAUUGAACAUUAAAGACGCACCGGAAAGAGCAGAAUCGCCGGCCUUAUCGAAUAUAAGUUUAUCCCCGGUUAGUUCGGAAACCUCCCUACAUACAAAAGGCAGCCAACGUUAUCCCGAAACCGGCUAUUUAGGAGAUCCCAGAAACAGAAUGAGUUGGUCGCCGGCCGACAAACUUCCGACGAGUAAUUUGGGUUACGGAUUCAAUUUUCAAAAACAAGAUACUACAUGCGCCGACAGGUACGGCCCGAUUUCUCAAACAUCUAGAUUGGAUUUCAAAAAACUUCUACUCCAACACAGCGUCAAAUUAAAUACAUUGAACCCGCAGACUAAAGCAAAUAAACUGUCCGCUGUCGAACAACUAAAACUAUCGAAAGACAAUAAUCCAAUACAACCUAUACAAAAAAUAACUAACAAGUCACAAGUCAAUAUUUUAGAUCUAAGUGGAUCCCCAAAAACAUACGUACAAAGAAAAGUAAUCAAAUCCAACUCGCAACCAGCAUCUCCCGGAAGAACAGCAGCAUUGAUAAAAGAGCAUAAAAAUACGCCUAAAAUAUUACAUUCUCCGAAAUCUCAGUGGAGAUUUUCUAGUCCCAGAUCAGAUGUUUUAUCCACACCUAUUCCCGAAGCUCACAAUGAAGACGAAACCUCUAAUAGUUCUGGAGAAAAAGCGGAUGUGUCUCCUAUAAAUAUUCCGUCUAAUACUGUAUCUAUAGUCACAAACCAACAUUUCGGUGCACGAAGAAACUUAAUACCGAUAAAUGAAAGUCCUGCUGAAACUGGAAGUAGUAUUCAUGAAUCAAUACAUCAAGGGGUGUUCCCUUUAAAUCCAGAGUUUAGAAAACAAUUAGGGCCAUCCAGAUCGGAAAUAAUUCAAGCAAAACGUGCGGAGUUCUUCAAAAGCCCACCCGAUCAAUCACCCCCGAAAUUCACUUCAUUUAAAAAUCCCAUUCCAGAUCCUUUGCCGAACACCCAAAACAAAUCGUCUCCAGAAAAAGGAAAACAUUCACCCAGCACUCUAGAAACUGCUUUAUGAUAAAAAGAAAUCAAUCUUUAUAAAACACGACCAAUUAUGAAGUUCAAUUUUUAUGAUUCAAUAAAUUCUACUAUAAAAAAACAAAGUGACAACAAAGACUUUGAAGUGAGGUGAAAUUUAUAGAAGCUUUAAUCUAGUCUUUACUUUGCUAGCAUUUGUAUUUCAUGCACGAUACCCCCUACCGAUCCCAAAACCAGUGUUUUACAUUAUAACAACAAAAUGAGCUAAAAUUUUUAUUUUGUUUUAUGGGGCCAAUUUAUGUUCUCUGAGUAUUAACUAUCAACUACGUGGUUAUAAAACUUAGAAAAUAAGUUAUUUAUUGAAUAUUUAAGUACUUGUAAGUAGAGUUUUAAACUUUUUCAAAGUUUUUAAAUUUCGGAUAAUACCUAUUCGGUAAACAAUUUUGAAUAAAAUGUGUUGAAUAAACGUUGUUUUUAAUUUAUAUUGGCAAUUGUAAAAAAAAAUAUGUACAGUGUAAGAGUUAUAGAUCACAGUUGAACUCUUCAGUCCGCGACCGUGCCGCGUUUGUUCUCGGCAGACUCUACCCCAUGAUUUGUAAGCGGAGUAAAAUAUUCCUUCGGAACACGGGGACACUUUACAAAACUUGCAUAAAGCCUGUCAUGACCCAUGCGAGUGUAGUGUUCACUCAUGCGGCCAGCUUACACAUAGACACCUUCCAAUCCCUACAAUUCCGCUUUUGCAGUCGAAGCUCCGUGGUUCGUGAGGAACGUUGACCUACACGACGACCUGGGCCUCUAAUCAAUCCGGAAAUACAUGAAGUCAGUGUCGGAACGGAACUUCGAUAAAGCUAUGCGUCAUGAUAAUCGCCUUAUCAUCGCCACCGCUGACUACUCCCCGAAUCCUGAUUACGCAGGAGCCAAUCAACGUCGACGCCCUAGACACGUUCUUACGGAUCAAUCAGAUCCGAUAACCUUUGCAUUAGACGUCUUCAGCUCUAACACUAGGAGCAGGCUUAGGGACCCCGGUAACCAUACUCGUCGAACUCGACAAAGAGGUCGACGUGCAACCUAAGCCAUGCAUCAGCCCGCUGAGUUUCUCACCGGAUCUUCUCAGCAGGUCGCGAUUCCGAUCCGGUAGUAGAUUCAUUCUCGAAGCAGCUGCUCUUGAGUUGUUAGGUUUCCUUCGGAGGCGCUCGGGCAACUGUUAGCAAACCCCACCCCUAUUGGCUGAGCAUUUACUUGCCCACCUCUCCUGGUGAAACUGGAAAGGCCUCCGGGCCAACAGUAAACACUCAUUAAAAAAAUUUAGCACAGUUGAUAUUUAUGGGGGUACCAAAAGUAACCACCCUACACGCACACUACAGUAUAAAAUUUUCUUCUAUUUUUGAGACGGAGGUAAGCGGUUGCCUCGUUGACCUUUAAAGCUUUACCGAAGUAACUAUACUGGGACCUUAGAACUUAUAUCUCAAGGUGGGUGGCGCAUUUACGUUGUAGAUGUCUAUGGGUUCCACUAACCACUUAUCAUCAGGUGGGCUGUGAGCUCGUCCAUCCAUCUAAGCAAUUAAAAAAAAAGCAGGUGGGUGACCUUAAGGGCUUAGCUGGAAGGAGAGAGAGAGAGAGAGAGGUUUGCCAGGAACUGUCCCAACGCCUGCACAGGAGGUUUAACGCCUUGAGCUGCUGCUUCUAGUACUAGUAUUUUUAAUAUACGGCGAAAUUAUUUCGUCACAAACCCAAGCAGUAGUUUCCACUCGUCUUAAAAAAUAAACUUCGUCUUUUCAGUCUCAGAACACAGAAAUUUUAUUAAUGUUUUUUUUGUUCGUUUUCCGAACAUUACGAUGCAACCUGUAUCUAAUAAUUUUCCAAUGCGUUUACAGCUUUCUUUGCACGUUCGUAAAGUUUUGUAAUGGUUAUAUAGUUAUGUUCGGCUUUUCGCUUCGUUGCUUUUAUCAAAGCGAGGCUAACUAUGAGUAUUUUAGGAUAUGUUCUUGAACGGCGAAUCAAACUUGCCACCAAAUGGUCGAUAUAUUCAUAGAGCCAAUAAUAAAACUGGGUAGGUAGUUUGAUUUACAAAGAAAUCUAUCUAUCUCUUAGGUUUAUGGCGCCAAAGUCAAGUGUAUUUAAUACUCUGCUUUUUAUACAAAGAGAUCAUCAUAAUAAAUUGUUAUGCACUUCGUUGUCAUAUAAGUCUUAUGUCAAGUUCUGUAGAUCGUGUCAUUCAUAAGACACGAUUUAAAUUAUGGUAAUGCAACUUGCAUUUAACAAUACCUACUCAUUUAUUCGGGAAAAUCUGAAAGGAAGACAAAUUGCCAGAUCUAUGCCUUCAGAUCCUUCAAUGGGUGAGGAUAACUGUUCACUUAGACUUCGCUUCUUGACGAUAGUUAUCACGACGGCCGAUAUGAUAAAUGAAAGAGCCACUCCGACCCUGAGUAUAUCACAAGCUUUAAUUGCUCCCGUGGCGAUAUUCACUACGUUCGUGUUACUUGGUGUUUUUAUAAUAGGCGAAUUAAAACAGAAAAAUCCAUCUCACUUCAUGGAAAUAUUUGGUCUCGUUUCGUGUACUUCUAUUCAAUCCUAUUUAUCCAUUACGGUGUUCCAAGAUAUGACUAACAGCACAGAUCCGUCACAGAGUGGAUCGUUGAUAUUAAACGGAAUUUUACCAAUGCUUACACUAAUACCCUUGCUUGCGGAUCUUGUAGUUACAAUAUUUUCUGGUCGUGAACAAUUCAUGCUUUCAGCUAUCUCAGAGCCAUCUCAUCAGACGUCCCAUACGGAAAUGCGCACAUCGCAUGAUUUUACAAUGUAAAUCUUAAAUAAAUUAUUACCUUAAAA